AUGGAUUCUAUUUUAGGAAAAGACCUUACUAAUUAUACUAUUGCACGUUAAUUUAAAUUAAUCAAGAAAAUUGGAUCGGGAGCUUUUGGAGAAAUAUAUUUGGUCUAAUCAUUAUCUAAAUCUGAAUAUGCCAUGAAACUGGAAAAGAACCAAAUUAUACAAUUACCUUUAAGGACAGGAUUAUUUAUUGUAUAAUUCAAAGGAAGGCAUUCCAAAAAUUCAUGA